AUGGCUGAUAGUAACAACACGAAUGAUGCGAAUCCCCAACCCAUCACCGGGUUGGAGAUUACGCCGUACGUUCAGCCGCCUCCUCAUGCUGUUGCUGCUGCUGCUGCUGUUGAGACAGAACCAAUGUUGAUUGAGGAGGACAAUUCAUCGGAUCAUGAUGAGGAUGAAUCGACGCCGUCUCCAGGUCUCGGAGAAGACGACGUGGUGAUGGAGGCGCAACCCAUCUCGUUUGGGUUGCCUUCUGCAGCGCUGCAGUUAAUGAUUCUGGUGGCAGGGGGGGCGGCGGCGACCGGUGGUGUUGUUUCCCGACGGGGAAAAAGGAAAUUGAGGACCACAGAGCACGUUUCGGAGACCUUAUUACAAGAUAAGUUUUAUACGCAUCCGUCGUGCUUAAAAACGUAUCGCUCGGUGCGAGAGGUUGCAAGAUUCAUCAGUGAGUGUAAUCGCUCUAUUACACCAACCUUUGCAACUCCAGCCGAAGGCAGUGAUAUUAAGGUUCGCCUGACUUCAUCUGUUCCGAGGGCGGCUGCUUCUUCAUCAGAAGAUGCCAAUAAUGAGGAGAAGAAGAAAGUUGACGAGAAGAAAUCCAGUGAACCAAACAAACCAAGCAGCAGCAGGGUGAGAUGCUUCCCGGUGGUGUUUGCCGAGGACGAGGAAGCAAGAAAGACCCGGGAGGUUGUACAAACACUGGCAUCAGCUCGGAACAAUCUCAUGAAGCUGUUCCCUCCUCAACCCCGACAACAGCCGGCGCCGGGACCCACCAGCUUGCUCUAUCCCACCGUCAGCUUCGUCGAUUCCUGUCUCCAACAGAUGAGGAGGUUCGGUAUGCAGCGCGCUGCAGCUUCUGCCAGUUCCGCUCCCGGUGCCGGAGUUGGACAGAAUAAUAACCCAAGUGCCUUGCCGGUGGCCGGUUAUGCUGGCGGCGGCAGUACUCAAGCGGGUGGGUUUACUUCAACUGCUGCUGCCGCUACUCCUCCUCCUUCUCGCGGUGGUAACUAUCAAGGCACCGGUUUCAACUUCGACCCCAAAGAGAGGAGAUUUUACUGA